AUGAGAGAUAAGCUAAUAAUUUCGGUAGUUAUCCUUUGUUGUCUUCAAGCGACAUUGAUAUUUGCUGAGCAUCAAGUUGAAUUACAUCCCAUUUAUAACAAGUUAAACCAACAUACCGGAUAUGCUGCAAAGGUGAUGAUCGGUGAACCGAAAAAAGAGUUCUCUCUACUUUUGGAUACUGUUACCGCAUUCCUUUUGGUUUUUCCUUCUUUUCAUCCAGUGGCAAUUUUGGGAGGAAUGCAAACUUACUCAGGCUUGGAAUCGCGAUCCUUUAAUAUAACUAAUAUAGUUUCCCUAACACAAAUUUACGGUUCUAGAAUAUUUACAGUGUGCGAACAUGGGGAUAAUAUUUCGUUUGAUUUAUUGCAUGGAACACACGUAGAUUUCACAGGAUCGCCAGUGCAUGAAGCAGGCAUUAUGAUAUGGCCUAAAUUGGAAGAUUAUCAAAAAAUCGAUGGUGUACUUGGAUUAUCGGCAUUGCAUGUUAAUGGCUUUCCAUAUGGAGUUUUCUACAUUUCUUCCUCCAACAUAUUCGUUAUGGAUAAUCUGAUAAAGAAGGCUAUCCGGAAUAAUGAAUUAGAUCCGGUUAUUACUAUUGCUUUGCCACCAUUGGAUUCCAAUAAAACAGCGAUAUUAACGCUUGGUGGACGUGAUACCCAAACAUGCAAUUUGAAUUAUGAAACCACUGAGCCAUUUCAUUUGUCACAUUUCCUUCUUUUCCGCAUACCGCCUGAUCAAUCCGCAAAUCGUUAUGAAUUCAAAUACAACUCCAUCAAAAUGGGCAACGCGGUGUCUUCUAUUGCAUCAUUUGCUUAUCCUAACACUAUUGAGCCAUAUAUCGGUGUUCCUUAUGAAUUUCUGCAAAAAAUCGUUCGAAAUCUCAAUGCAACGUUUGAUUUAACAAGGAUGAAAUAUGUGGUAAAAUGUGACAGAUCUAUCCCUAACACAUUCGAACCAUUCGAGAUAUCCACCGACAGUAACAUAUACAUCGUUUCGCCAGAACAUUUUAUUAUCAAACAUAAUCCGAACGAUACGCUAUGCGAACUUGCAUUCGGAAUAAAUGAAAGCAUUAUUUUUGAUGAUCCAAACGCAGUUAUGCUCGGAUUGCCAUUCUUCCAUCAAUAUUGUGUUAUGUUGGAACCACGUGAUAGACGUAUUAAUUUCGCACCAAUCAUUUAA